AUGAGCGGGAAGGCAGCGCGCGUCAAGAGGAAGCCCAUCUUCCGGGAUCGCGAUGGAGUGAACGACGGCAAGUCUUCGCUGCAGGUCGUGUUGGAAUGGCUGUCGACUGAGACAAGCUACAACAAGUGGCGGGGCAACGUUCGUGAGAAAAUAAACACGAUUGAGAAGCAAUUUCAGGAGGCACUUGACUUUCAGGCGCAAGCUGGUGCCGGAAUCACGAGUGAAUCAACCCUUAGCGGCGAGAUUCUGAAGCGAUGCCCCUACUACUACCAACUUACUGCUGUGUUCGAAGCUCGACCCUCCGCCCGCCCUCGUGUUACGUCGGACGACAUCGGCGACAGUGCGGACGCUUCUGAUAUAGGAAGUGCGAUUGUUCAACGAACAGAGAAGCGCCCGCUGGCCUUGGACGACGAAGCGAAUUUAAAGCGACUAAAGGCAGAUCCGGUGGAGAAGAUGCUGGCCCAACAGAGCAAGACGUGCAAACUGAGAGCGGACAAGACCAGCCGUAUGCUCCAGCUUCACGAGAACGAGUUUAUACUUCAGCAACGUGGGGGGGGGCCCGCCUCAAAAAAAAAAGAAAAACAGCGGGAGAAUGGCUCCACCGCAGGUGGAAGUUAUCCCUCAAAAGGGGGGCAAUUCUUCAAUGGCUCAAUUCGCCUCCAAAAGUUUCACGCCUGUUCCUUCUGGCUGGUUUUCCCCCCUGGGGACCCAAUAUUUCAUCUCGCUCUUCUCCCGCUCCAAGUCCAACUCCCGGGUUCAGGCUCAAUCCAGUCCAUUCAGGAAGCGGAAUCCGCCAUAAGCCUUAUUAUGAAGAAUCUUAACACGCGCCCGAACCAACUUCGAAUGGUGGACAAUAUGGUGGGAAGCCUGGCCCGGACUCGAAUGUUAAACGACCUCGUGAUUUACUUUACUAUUCGCUGCAUCUGCGGUGCGCUUGGCGACUGCUACGCGCUGAGUUCGCUCGCUCCGACGAUGGGAUGCCCAAGCCCUUAG